GCGGGACAGAUCAGGAGACGCCGGCACUGGGGUACCAGGAGGACGCGAGCUGACUACCUGACUCUGGGCGGCGCAGAACGCCGGCCGCGCGAGGGGCGGGGGCUAAGCGUAUCGAGGGGCGGUGCUCGAGGGCGCGGGAGGCGGGAGAGGUUGCCGCGCCGGGUGCCCUGGCAGCCGCAGCCCCGCCCCGCUGCGUCCGGCCCGGUCCUGUCCCGCAGCGUCCCGCCAGCCAGCUCCUUGCACCCUUCCCGGCCGAGGCGCUCCCCGGUGCUCCCCGCGCAGCCAUGGCUCAGCACUUCUCCCUGGCCGCCUGCGACGUGGUCGGAUUCGACCUGGACCACACUCUGUGUCGCUACAACCUGCCCGAGAGCGCCCGGCUCAUUUAUAAUAGCUUUGCCCAGUUCCUAGUUAAGGAGAAAGGGUACGAUAAGGAAUUGCUCAAUGUGACCCCAGAGGAUUGGGAUUUCUGUUGCAAAGGUUUGGCAUUGGAUCUAGAAGAUGGGAACUUCCUUAAACUUGCAAAUAAUGGCACUGUUCUUAGGGCAAGCCAUGGCACCAAGAUGAUGACUCCAGAGGUGCUGGCAGAGGCAUAUGGCAAGAAAGAGUGGAAGCACUUCUUGUCGGACACUGGAAUGGCUUGCCGCUCAGGAAAGUAUUACUUUUAUGACAACUACUUUGACCUGCCAGGAGCUCUUCUGUGUGCCAGGGUGGUGGACUAUUUAACAAAACAGAACAAUGGUCAAAAAACAUUUGAUUUUUGGAAGGAUAUAGUUGCUGCUAUACAACACAAUUAUAAAAUGUCAGCUUUUAAGGAAAACUGUGGAAUAUAUUUUCCAGAAAUAAAAAGAGAUCCAGGCAGAUAUUUACACAGUUGUCCUGAAUCUGUGAAAAAAUGGCUUCGACAGCUAAAGAAUGCUGGGAAAAUUCUUCUGUUAAUUACCAGUUCUCACAGUGAUUACUGUAGACUUCUCUGCGAAUAUAUCCUUGGGAAUGAUUUUACAGACCUUUUUGACAUUGUGAUUACAAAUGCAUUGAAGCCUGGUUUCUUCUCCCACUUACCAAGUCAGAGACCUUUCCGAACACUCGAGAAUGAUGAGGAGCAAGAGGUGCUGCCAUCUCUGGAUAAACCUGGCUGGUACUCACAAGGGAACGCUGUCCACCUCUAUGAGCUUCUGAAGAAAAUGACUGGCAAACCUGAACCCAAGGUUGUUUAUUUUGGUGACAGCAUGCAUUCAGAUAUUUUCCCAGCUCGUCACUAUAGUAAUUGGGAGACAGUCCUCAUCCUGGAAGAACUCAGAGGGGAUGAAGGCGCGAGGAGUCAGAGGCCUGAAGGGUCAGAGCCUCUAGAGAAGAAAGGAAAAUAUGAGGGACCAAAGGCAAAGCCUUUAAAUACUUCAUCUAAAAAAUGGGGCUCUUUUUUUAUUGAUUCAGUUUUGGGACUGGAAAAUACAGAAGACUCCUUGGUUUAUACAUGGUCUUGUAAGAGAAUCAGUACUUACAGCACUAUUGCAAUUCCAAGUAUUGAAGCAAUCGCAGAAUUACCUCUGGACUACAAAUUUACAAGAUUCUCUUCAAGCAAUUCAAAAACAGCUGGCUACUAUCCAAAUCCUCCACUGGUCUUAUCAAGUGAUGAGACACUGAUAUCCAAAUAAGUUGUCUUUACUGAAAAAUGAAGUGAAGACCCAUAUAUGCAGUUAAAAAAAAAAAAAGUUAAUUUUCAAAAAAUACUGUAAAAGACUUUAAGGAAUGAGUUUUAUUGACCAGUAAGUUGAUAUUUGCCCAUAGGUCUCCUUUCUAUAAAUCAUCUUGAUGUUUAACAACUCUUAUUAUAUUAAAAUCUCAGUAUCCUAAAACUUAGAACCUUAUUGAUAUUUUCUAUACAGUAGUUUUGUGAUUAGAAUUCACCUGGGGACACACACUCACACACACAGUCACUUUUACACAUAUGCCUAGUCCAGUGGUUCUGAAAGUGUGAUCCAUAGACUAAUAGCAUAGCAUUACCUGAGAACUUGAUAAUGCAUAUUUGCAGGCCCCACCCAAAACCUGCUGAAUCAGAAGCUCUGAGAGUAAGGCCUACCAAUCUGUGGUGUAACAAGCCCAUCAGGUGAUUCUGAUUUACAGUACAGUCUGAGACCCACUGGCUAGAACAUAUCCUCCAGAGACUUGGCUUAACUGGUCUGGGUAAAUAUGGCUGAGCGUUGUUAUCUUUUGUUAUCUUUUAUAUGCCCUAGGAAAUUGCAGCCAGAAUUGAAAACCAACUGAUCUAUACCAGUUCUUUCAAUUAAUAGUCAAGAACACUGAGUCCAGUGAGAUUAAGUGAUUUUUGCAGGCUAUGAGGUUUUAUGCUAUUCCUGUGUUCUCCAAAACAAGAAAAUAAAAAGACAUGAUUUAUUCUCUGUUCAUACAGCAAGUAUGGAACAGAGAUGAUCUAGAAGUCAACUAUCUCAACCUCCAUUGUUACCCACUAGGUUUUUUUCUAAUAAUGUUAAAGGCUAUUUAAUUUAUUUAAUCAACUUUCAGCAUUACAUUCUCAGUUGGGGACAAAAAUUGGUUCUUGGGGUGAAAAAAUAUUAGAUAUGGAUUGUGGACUUCCAAAAUCAUCCUAUCCAACAAAAUCUUAUUCCUUAGUAUUAAUUUAUCUCAUUGGGAAGAAAUUUGUAGUUAAAACCAUUUAAUUUAAUUUGAAUUUAAUUUCUGUAAUUGGGAAGGAGGGUAAUAAUGAACAAAAAGUUUGAGAAAAAAAUGCUUUAAUGGGUUUUACAGGCAUGCUAUAAUCCAGGACUGUGGUGUUCUGUGUGCUAUGUAUGGUCAUAUUAGUAGCUAUUUGUUGCAAGAUACUUGAAGCCAAAUGUUUGCAGUAUAGGUUCCUGGCUACUGUUUAUGCUUUGAUUUCACUCUGUCUAUCAUGGGCAGUAUUAGCAAACACACUGGUUUUCACUAUCUGGUUUACCAACAGUAUCAUUAUUUUACCUGGAUUGAAGUGCAGAAUUUGGCAUAUCGAUGCAUGCAAUGGAAAGAAAAAAUAAUUGUUAAAAUUUGUAAAUGUUCAGCUAAAUCUCAGAUAUCCUGUGGGAUGAGUAUCUCAGGGUAAGUAAAAACAAACAAACAAAAAAAAUCACUGAAAUUUUUCCCUCACAGUCAGUAGCUUUGUUUGAUAUUUAACAAUAAGUAUAUGGUGAUAUACUUGAAAUUUAUGUCCAGAAUGUCACUGGAAUAUUACAAUGAGCAUAAAUAAUCAAGCUUAGGACUAAAUGAAAGAUACUAUCUCAUGUAUGCUUUAAAUAGAGAAUUUAUUUCUUUUAAAAAUAAAGCUAUUUUUCCUUAUCCAUGUUUAUUCUGUAAAUGGCAAAUAAUACAUCUUUAAAUGCUUAUGAACUACUGUUAAUAUGAAAAAUGAGAACUCCAAAAUAAGAAAUAAUUGCACUUUUUGGGCCACUGAGUAGUGGCGGGGGUUCAGGAGGCAGAAUUCAGUUGUCAGAAGUACUAGUCUUCCCUUUAUCAUUCUACCUAAAGACCCUGAACAAGUUACCACCAAAUUUGGCUUCAUUUUUUUCCAUCUUAUGAAAGGAAAAGCUUAGUUUAUUUCUAAAUUUCCUUCCUUUCUGUCAGUAUUUCUUCUAAUGAAUGUGUUUUUCUGUAAUUAGAAAGACUAUAAUUAGGCUUUUUAAAUUUGUAUUUCAUUGUUUCUAAACAGUGCCAAUGUUUCUGAUUGGAUAUGAAGAUUAAAAAUAAUCCAAAUCCAUAAAAAUUAAAAAGAAAAUAUUAAAGAAGUUAUAUGAAGCAAAACAAUUGUAUAAAUGGACAGAAGACGUGUAAUAUUUGCAUAUAGGCAAACAUUCAUAAUCUAAAGGACACCUAAAAAUAGAUGUAAGCGAGCAGAGGUUUUCUUUGCUGGCCACUGUUUAUCACAUCAGCAGAGGAAAGAUCUGAAUGGCUCAGUGACCAAAUCUUUCGUCAGAAUCUGGUAUUUGGAAUACUGAGGUAGUAAAAACUUUAUCUGAACCAUGAAUUGCAAUCUAAAAUCAACUUCUGAGUUUGUGUAAACUCUAAACUGAAAUCGAGUAUUAUUUCCCCACCAAUAUUCAUAUCCAAAAAUAAUUUUAAAUACACACACACACACUUUUAGUGAACUGGUUUGAAUGAAAAUAAAUUUGUAUAAUUAUUUUAUAUAACAAAUCAGCAUAAAAUGGAAGAUCAAACUGCCUCUCUAGAUAUAAUAACCUUGACUGAAUGUUAGAAAUACAUGGACAGCUUUUUAAAAUCUUCAGUGUUGGAGUAACAGUCCCUUACAUCUUUUCAGCCUCUUGAGUACAAGAAGACUAUCAUAAGAGUUAGUUCCAGAUUGGUGCAAGACUGGAAUACACCUGACUGCUUUUAUUAAAGCCAUGAGGGCAUACCAAGUAAUUCACGCAGUAUGGUCUUAUUGCCACCCUUGAAAAUCCCUGGGCAUGGUCCAGUCCACAUACAAUGAAUUCAGAAAGGUGUCUCUUGUUGGUCUCUAGAACUAUCCUCAGAAAUAAUCGUAAAACAGUGGUCAUGAGUGCUGACUCCUCACUAGGCUACUUCAUGUACAUUAUCUUGUUUACUCUCUCUAGCAACCAUAUGAGAUGUAUAUAAUUAUUAAAUUGUACAGAUGGGAAAAUUGAAAUUCAGAGAGAUUAAAUACAAUGCUUGCUCUAUGUUACACUGUUACUAAGAGAGCAAUACAUGAACCCAAGUUUGAUCCUCAAAAUCACACUUUUAAUUACUUGAUACAUAAUGUCUUCCAAUAUUGAAUCUAGACUAGGGCAAAUUCUCAGCCCAAAACCAUACUUCAAUUUAGCAAUAAUGUCAUGCUAGGACAUGAGAGGGAUUAAAAGUGAAGACACAGCCUCUAUCUUUAAGUAAUUCAUAAUUUAGCCAAAUAUAUUAAAUAUCUGUAAUAUAAAACUUACCUAGGAAAGUAAAAUAGAGAUCCAAGAAUCAGGAGUCCUAAAGCAUAUAAUGAGUCUGUUACUCUUGGAAGCCACACAUGUCAAGAUCAUCAGUAAGCAGGCCUACUCUUUCUUCAUAUUCUGGGUUAAUGUUCACCUUGACUGGUUGGUAAAUUUCCCUCACUGGUGCUGAAGUAACCAAAAUGGAGAAGGAGUGAUGAAAACUCAUCUUUGAGUAAACUUUGUGGGAAAUAGUAUACCUGGGCCUAUAGAGAAGUUGGGUCAUUCCUUAGAACGACAACUAGAAAAGUAUAUAGACUGCUUGCCAAUCAGUUUGUUGUACCAUGUACCUGUUCACAGACUCUUUUCAAAAAACAAGUUUAUUUUACUUUUUUUGGUACUUUGGUCAUGUUGUUUCCUUGGUAAAGAUCAAAGUUUAAUAAAGCUUAACAAAGUUUAAUAAAGAAAAGAAAUAAAUCACUAUCUAAAUGUGUUAAAAGCAAUCACCAAGUUUAAUCAAUUAAAAAAUAAAUAUUCUCUUAACAGAAAUGUCAGCGGUUCCUUACAAUGCUUAGCAGCUAAAUUCCAUGAGUAUAAUGUUUAAUGUCUUUUUGGUACAUUAAAUAUUCAGUGCCUUUGAUGAAGGGAACAAACUGAUAAUUUCAUUCAUGUGCAGCAAACAUCAAGGUUACAUAAGUAAAUUCAAAUGUGUUAAUCUGUAACUGUAUGGAAUCCUGUAUUAAACCAAGUGAUAAAAUGUACCCUUCUCAAAGGCUAUUCAUGAAUGAUUAAGCAUAACCUUCAACUGAGGCGUGAAUACUCAUGUGUCAAUAGGGUUUUUGUUAACAUUUGUAUGCCAAAUUUAUUACGAUAGCUGUGAUAGAGUAGAAGUUAUGCUAGCUUGAAAUCAGAAAACUCAACAGUGAGACUUGCAUCUUAGGCAGUUUACUUCCACUUUCUGGACCUCUGUUUUCUCAACUAUUUAAAUGGAAAUAAUAAAACUUGUGUUGCAAGGAUUAUCAAAGUAAUAUGUGCACUUCGAAGUGCCUGACAUAUCUCAGAUCUUUUGAGGAGAUUGUGAAGCCAGGGAAUACGUCACUGAAACAAGAUCAAAUAUCCAGGUCUUAAAUUGUGAUUCUCUAGGACAGGAACUCAAUAAUUAAAAAUAUAGGUAAGGGUUUGUUUUGGUUUUUGUUUGUUUGUUAAUGAUGAAAACAUUUAAGGACGCUUGAGUUAACUGGAGAUAAAGCAGCAGCACCAGGAGUAAUGGAGAGAAGGGCCUGAUAAGAAGGUCAGAGAAGCCUUUUAUAAGCGUCUGGCUUGUGCUGAAUGCCCAGAAAUGGAAGCGCAAGGAAAUUGUUGUGUGAGGACCAGGGAAAUUAUGCAGUGUCACCACUACUCACAAGGAUUAUGGCCUGAGAAGACUAAAAUGAUACUUCUUAGGUGACCAGAAGAUGGUGGAACUUCUUAACUGGUUUGGAGGUCCACAUAAAGAAUAAUUGAGGUCUAGAAUUAAGGAAGAAAAAGCAAUACAAAGAAAUGGAGCAGGGCUAUAGCAGUGAACCAAUUGGUUGGUAAGUGAAACCUGUAAGAUGCCUAAUUGAGUAAUUUAAUGACUAAUUUUAUUAGGCUAAACAGAACAGAAACCAUGCUAAUCUGUAACAAAUAAGUGGUGCCAGCCUAUUAGAGUGAAUGCUAUUGGUUAGACUAAAGCAGAUAAUAAACCAAGUGUAGGAAAAAUGACAUUUUCUGAUUACGUCCAGAACAGGCAUAGAAAAGGUAUAAUAAAGUUUGAAACAGGUGGCUGACAGUGCAGAAAUCAAUCACUAAACUGAAAAGGUAAAAUGAACAUUGUUAGAGGAAUUUAGGAUUAAGACGGAUGUAGAGCUUGCAGAAGAAAACCUAGCUCUCUAAUACUUAAAGUUCUCCAGCCCUAGAAAAAAAUACCUCAGCAAGAAAUUGCAAGUAAUAAUUGCACCAAGAGUCAGCACCUAUUUAACUGUAUGUUUAAGUUUCUAACUCAAAUGAGAAAUUUUGGGCCAUUUUUGUCAAAUUUUUGCUCAGAUGGCUACAAAUACUUGGCAAUUCAUUUUCACAGAUUUUGCAGCAUCCACAAAGCCCUCCUUACUGCAGAGAAUGCAGAGGUAUUUAUCCAAUAAACCUUCAUGUAAUUGCUGCUAUACAGCACAACUAUCAUUACUGGUAAUUAAAGUUGUGAUACCUG